CCAAUCAAAGAGAAGAGAAGAGAAGAGAAGACAAGGAGUAGUAGAAAAAGAAGAAGAGGCCGUAAAUGGCUCUUCUUUUGUGCUCUAAUCACCUGGCGUUCAACGCCUUGCCCUCUCGUUCAGCACCGCUUACAAUUUUCACCGCCACUACUUACAGGAUGCAAAUGAAUCCCGUUAUUGACCCACAUCCGAAAUCUUUCAAUGGAGUUCGACUUCACAUGCCUGUGGUUGUCAAAAGGUCGGUUUCACUAGUUGUGAAGGCUUCUUCUGAUCCAAUUGAGGGUACUGAGGCCCUUUCAGGUAUCAAGGAAGAGGUGGUACCUGUUGAUAAGCUUCCGUUGGAGUCGAAGCUGAAAAAAAGGCUGGAGGAAAAGACGAGGAUGAAGCUGGCCAAGAAGAUAAGACUUCGAAGGAAGAGACUUGUUCAGAAACGAAAACUCAGGAAGAAAGGGCGAUGGCCUCCUUCAAAGAUGAACAAGUUGAAGAAUGUCUAACCUUUACUUAAAGGUUUCUUGCAGGUAAGCUGUUACAAGAAAUUUGGUUUAUUUAGCCACUCCCAUCUGGGAGUACUAACUGUUUUUGUCUAGGUCGCUACUUCAACAUCUGAGCUUUAUCAAACCAAUAUUUAAAUCAGGUGCAGUCAUUUUAACUGAAAAUUUUGAACUGCUGAUUGUAUAUACUUUAGGCAAUGUGAUCCUCCUGCUGAUUGGAGAUAUAUACGUAGAUUGAACACAAAAAUUAGAGAGUUAGGAUAGCACAUCAUGAUUCUAGUAUUUACAGGCCAGCAGGAUGAAUGUGUAGCUUUUGAUAGUUCUGCCACAUAGCACUCACUUGCAGUCAGUUUUGACAUGGGAAAGAACUCAACCCUGAUAAUGGUAGGAGAUCUGGACAAUCAAUUGCACCCAGAGGAAGAUAGAUGAACUGUUGUACUCUGUAGCUGAGCUUAGAAGAUGAUUCAUUUGUGUUGUGAUACUCUGAACCC